AUGUCGAUUAUACUCACUGUUUUCGCCCUUGUCUUCCUCGGAGAGUUGAUUUCGUGGAUAGGUCAAUCUGUCCUUCUUGAAGGAGCGUUUGCUCUCUACCUACGUCUCUUUUACCCAACUGUCGCCUCACAGCAAAAGAAACUCAAGUCAGAUGUUUUGACGACGAAAGCAGAACUACUCAAGACCAGUGCCCAGGAUCAGUUUGCGAAAUGGGCGAAGCUGAGGAGAAGUGUGGAUAAAGGGCUGGCGGAUUUGGAGAAAACCAACAGCGAUAUGGCCUCCAUCAGGACUGGUUUCUCGUUCAAGUUUAACACUGGAAUUUGGAUAUUGACUACCGGACUUCAAUUCUUCGUUGGAUGGUGGUAUAGAAAAGCUCCCAUCUUCUACUUACCCCCUGGAUGGUUUGGACCUCUUGGCUGGGUUCUGGCGCUGCCAUUCGCACCGACAGGUUCAGUAAGUGUUGGGAUGUGGCAAAUGACGUCUAGGAGAGUAAUCAAAGUUGGUGAACGAGUUGUCAAAGAACUUGUUUCACCAGCUCCCAAGGAAGAGGUGCAAGAGGAAAAGCAAUCCGAAAAAGUAACGGGAGGAGAGAAGACGGAGUAA